GUGGGUACCACGUGGGGACUGUUGGAGCUGAAUCUCCUGCGGGCGUCCAGUUCGGGUCUAGGUUGGCAUUGGAAGCGUGAAGAUGAGGAAGGAAACCCCGCCUCCUCUGGUGCCCCCGGAGGACCGCGAGUGGAACCUUCCCCCUAAUGCGCCCGCCUGUAUGGAGCGGCAGUUGGAGGCUGCGCGGUACCGGUCGGAUGGGGCGCUCCUGCUUGGGGCUUCCAGCCUGAGCGGCCGCUGCUGGGCUGGCUCCCUCUGGCUUUUCAAGGACCCUUGUGCCGCCCCCAACGAAGGCUUCUGCUCCGCUGGAGUCCAGACGGAGGCCGGAGUGGCUGACCUCACUUGGGUAGGGGACAGAGGUAUCCUCGUGGCUUCCGAUUCAGGUGCUGUUGAAUUAUGGGAGCUGGAUGAGAAUGAGACACUCAUUGUCAGCAAGUUCUGCAAGUAUGAGCACGAUGACAUAGUGUGUACAGUCAGUGUUCUGAGCUCUGGCACACAAGCUGUUAGCGGUAGCAAAGACUUCUGCAUCAAGGUUUGGGACCUCGCUCAGCAGAUGGUACUGAAUUCAUACCGGGCUCACUCUGGGCAGGUCACCUGUGUUGCGGCCUCUCCCCACCAGGACUCUGUGUUUCUUUCAUGCAGUGAGGAUAGUAGAAUUUUACUCUGGGAUACCCGCUGUCCCAAGCCAGCAUCACAGAUGGGCUGCGGUGCCUCUGGCUACCUUCCUACCUCAUUGGCUUGGCAUCCUCAGCAGAGCGAAGUCUUUGUCUUGGGUGACGAGAAUGGGACUGUUUCCCUUGUAGAAACCAAGAGUGCAAGCUGUGUCCUCAGCUCAACUGUGCACUCCCAGUGUGUCACUGGGCUGGUGUUCUCCCCACACAGUGCUCCGCUCCUGGCUUCUGUCAGUGAAGACUGCUCCCUCGCCGUGCUGGACUCGGGCCUGUCCCAGGUAUUUAGAAGCCCAGCCCACAGAGACUUUGUGAGAGAUGCUACUUGGUCUCCGCUCAAUCGCUCCCUCCUCACCACUGUGGGCUGGGACCAUCAGGUCAUCCACCAUCUGGUGCCCACAGGACCUCUCUCAGCCCCCGGACCGAACAGUAUUGCCGAGUAGAUUGGACUGAAGACAAAAAGCAAACCCCCCGGGUACCUCACCCUUCGCCCUGCCCUCCCAGUCCGAGACCACACAGGAGCCUUAGCGGUAUGCUGAUAACACCGGAUCUGGGCAGUGCUAGGCACGUCAGCUGGGGUGGCUGGUUUCUAGGAUCCUGUAGUCAUAGGAGAGAAAUACUGUCUGGGAAAUGGAUAGGUAUGUAUGUGUGUGUGUAGUUUUUGGGAGGGCGUGAUAAAAAGUCCAUCCCACAUCGUUCCCGAGGCCCACCGUCCCCGCCCCUCCACAGAAGAGUUCACAAAAGGAUUUUAUGCUUCCCACACAGCGUUGCCUGUGGAGCUGGCCAUGUCUGGAUGAGAUGUGGGGGUGGGCAUUUCUGGGUUAUAGGAGCAACUCACAUCCUUCUCAGAGAGAGAGGAGCAACUUGUUUUACAGAACUUAAUUCACCUCAAACACGGGCAUUGCUUCCAUUCACCAGAAUCCAGCCCAGCUCACCUGAGAGCCGGGACUCUCAUCUCACCAGUUUUGCACAUCAUCUUGCCAUUGAAAUGAGUCCAAAAUCCAUUUUCUGGCCAAAUAAAAAGUUUGACUGGUACCUGUCUAAUGCCUCCCCACCUCCCGGGGGUUGUGUGUAGGAGAGAGUAGUGUUUUUCUGUCGUGGGUGGGGUGCGGGGGACUUAAAGGCACUUUGGUUAUGUUAAAAACUGACUCAGACUUGCAGAGAAAUGUCUGCCCCUUUUCCAACCUGACCUCUCCUGCCUCUGGGCCCCUUUCUGUGGGUACAGGAAGCAUGAAUACUGUUUUUGUGGACUCUGAAUACUAGGCUGCAGCAUCAGAGAGACUCAGAAAUACUGGCUGAUGAAAUAAA